GUUCGAUCCGGCAUCAGCACAGCCAGCAUGAAAGUCAAGACCGUGAGAAAGCUGUCUAUCACAAAGGGCCACUUCCCCAAACUGGCAGAAUGUGCCCAUUUCCACUAUGACAAUGUUGAGUUUGGCACUGUGCAGGUAAAGAUCAUAAAUGCAUUAACAACGUGAGCACGUCACAUGUCCUACCCAUACUAAUCUUAGUACAUCGGCUUCCUAUUGUAUUUUGGGACUUUUUUUAAAAUGCCCAUGUCUGCAAAGCAGUGAACGGCUGAGUAGACAGAGGGGCAGGUGCUACAGCGGUGACCCCCCUGGAGAUGAAUAAUGACAUCAGAUAUGAGCCCUUUGUGUUUCUGACUGCACUUAACGGGUCAGUUCUGCUACUGAAAGGUGACUUCUAUUGGAAAACAGAAUGGAAAGUACAUACAGAAUCCCCUUCCUGCACUAUACCAUAUUUUUAGUACUUACGUACAUAGUAUAGUAUGACUGUAUAUUCCAGUACGGCCCUCAGUAUGAAUAUACUCCAUUAUGCUCUUCUUAUUUUGGAUAUACAGUACUCUGCUAUAAUUCCCUCAGUAUAAAUAUAUUCUGUUAUACUUUAAAAUAUGAGUAUAGUCUGUUAUGCUUACCUGUAUACGGGUAUAGCCUUCCAUAGCACGCUCUGGUCGCUCUGUGAGACCAGUUGUGAAGGAGGCUGAGGUACAGACAGAUCUGUCACCGUACACUGGUGAUGAAGGGAGACCAGUAAUCACAGCCCGUGGGCAGUGUCUCGUCACAUGAAUCAGUGUCAGCACGGCCCCUUCUGAAGUGUAUGUGCGUGGGGGGAGAGUGUGUACGCCUGCUGUGUGGCUGAAGAGCAUUCGUAGGAGGUGCGUGCACAGCUUCUCCUGCUGCCUGGCAACGGGGCAGUAAUGGCAUGGGAUUAUGGGAAAGUGUUUCUUUGUAGAAUGUGGAUAGAACUUUGGGGGCAGCUACCAAAAAAAAAAAAAAGACAGGAGAGGCCUGAAUUGGGAGUAACUCUUUUACUCAGGAGUGAGGUGUGAUAAAAAUAUUUAUAUUCUCCAAUUUACUCUGAGGCUUUUAACCACAGGCAGUGAAAAAAGAGCAGAGACAGUGAUAAAUGUUUUUGCGGAGUGUACCAGACAGCAGAGAUUUACCUCCUGAAGACUGUUGUCCUCAUAACCGUGGGCCCUGGAACGCAGGGUUGAGUUAGCGUCCUUCUAUUAUUCACACUGGCUCUGGCAGAUGAGCAGAAGGAAAUGGUACGGAACGGCUUCGAGUCGCAGGAGCUGCUGCAUCUGGUCCACAUCGGUUGCCAGGGUAACAGUUGGGUCGUGAGGCGUACUUACGAGGACUUCCGUGUCCUUGACAAACACCUCCACCUAUGCAUCUUUGACCGGCACUUCUCUCAGCUCGCAGAGCUGCCCCGAUUGGACAGCCUGAAGGACAAUCCCGAGGCAGUUUUCCAGAUGUUGAUUGCCUAUCUUUCACGGCUGUCGGCGAUCGCUGACAACAAAAUUAACUGUGGACCCGCACUGACGUGGAUGGAGAUUGAUAACAAAGGGAACCAUCUUCUGGGGCAUGAUGAGUCCUCCAUUAACGUUCCUGCCAUUGCUGCUGCACACGUCAUCAAGCGAUACAGCGCCCAGGCGGCCGAUGAGCUAUCCUUUGAGGUAGGAGACAUGGUGUCUGUAAUUGACAUGCCCCCAAAGGAGGACACUACUUGGUGGAGAGGAAAGCACGGCUUUCAGGUGGGCUUUUUCCCCAGUGAGUGUGUGGAACUGAUAAACGACAAACUCCCUCAGUCCGUCACCAGUGCUGUGCCAAAACCAGUGUGUAAGAAGCACGGGAAGAUCAUCACAUUCCUACGCAGCUUCAUGAAGUCGCGACCCAGCAAGCAGAAGCUGAAGCAGAGGGGAAUCCUUCGGGAAAGGGUGUUUGGCUGCGACCUGGGGGAGCACCUGCUCAACUCGGGCCAGGAUGUACCCCAGGUACUGAAGAGCUGCACGGAGUUCAUAGAGAAGCACGGCGUGGUCGAUGGAAUAUACCGGCUAUCUGGAAUUGCCUCCAACAUCCAGAAGCUGCGGCAUGAGUUUGACUCGGAGCAGAUUCCGGACCUGACUAAGGAUGUGUAUCUCCAGGACAUCCACUGCGUGGGCUCCCUGUGCAAGCUCUACUUCCGCGAACUGCCCAACCCACUUCUCACCUAUCAGCUUUAUCACAAGUUCUCCGAUGCUGUGACUGCAGCCACAGAUGAGGAGCGUCUCAUUAAAAUCCAUGAUGUCAUUCAGCAGCUGCCUCCUCCACAUUACAGAACCUUCGAGUUUCUCAUGAAACACCUGUCCCAUUUGGCGACCUUCAGCAGUGUCACCAACAUGCACACCAAAAACCUGGCCAUCGUCUGGGCCCCGAACCUCCUCAGGUCCAAGCAGAUCGAGUCGGCCUGUUUCGGGGGCACGGCGGCCUUCAUGGAGGUCCGCAUCCAGUCCGUGGUGAUGGAGUUCAUCCUGAACCACGUGGACUCGCUCUUCAGCUCCAAGCUGAGCUCCGUCAUCCGUGAAGGCGCAGGUCAGGGCUCCUUGUCCCGACCCAAGUCCUUGUUGGUGUCGUCCCCGUCCAGUAAGCUUCUGACGCUGGAAGAAGCCCAGGCCCGGACACAGGUCCAGAUGAACUCCCCUGACCUGGAGGGCAGCCAGUACAUUGAAGUGGGAGACGGCCCGGGAGCCCUGCAGGGCAAGUUUCACACCGUCAUCGAGCUUCCCACUGAGAGGAAGAGGUCCUCCAGUAAGCUCAAGAUGUCCCCCGUGGGUGGCUGGCGAGCCUUCUUCUCUCUGGGGAAGUCGCAGGCAGGACGGCGGAAGCCGCGCCGCAAUCCCAGCAUGCCUGCCCAGACAAAGGGACUGGAACAUAGUGGGGGCAGAGCGGACAGGGGCUCUUUGCGAUCUGCUAGAAGUGAGGAGUCGCUGACCUCACUCCAGGGCACAGAAGGAACUUCAGGGGAGUUUCGAUCCCGAAGGCCCCGCUCCAGCAGCGACGCCCCCUCCGCCUUAUUCAGCACCUACAACAGCACUACCCAGGGCCAGAAUGACGCCAGUAAGGGCCCCAUAACGGUGCCUGUCCUCAUCUCUUCCCCCUGCUUCACUGAUGAUGUCGACCUCAUCCUCCCCGACAUGAGUGUGGGCUCCCUGGACUUUGACCCCAUGUCCUUCCAGUUUAGCACACUCAGUCCACGCCCCUCAAGAAGCAUGGGCAGUACCAGCAGCUCUGAACUAUUCUCGUCCUCUCCCCCAGGACAUGCUAGCCCCCUGCUGUCCCUGGACUGCAGCCCAGACCCAAAUCUGCCCCUUACCCAACAGUCAUCGGAUUCUCCCCGUGAAGGAAUCCGGCAAACCCUCAGGUCCCCCCUUCAGGGUGCCUCGGAGCCCAAGGCCCGAUCCCAAAUCGAUCAGGCCUCUGAGAGCCAGAGCGGGCAGAUUACUUGUCCUGCCUUGACCUCGGCCCGGGCGGCCUUGAGCCCUGGCGUUCUGCGUUCGAGUGAGGAGAGCCAGCAUAGUGAGGACAGAGUCCCCACCCCCUCCCAGAAUCCACCAGUCACCUGCAACCAGAACUAUGCGCCCCCCUGCUGGCAGAAUCAACCAGGAGAUAUAGCUCUGGACCUCCCACAAGGCCCUGCUCUUGUUGGCCCAGUAACCCUCCUCCCUCCCCCACCCCUUCCAAAGGGUGCAGCCCACAUGCAAGCUACAACUCUGGUCCAAUCUCAGAACCGGCCGACCGAUACCCCUAUGGCCAUGCCUCCACCCCGACAACACGCACCGCCUGACACCCGGGAUUGGUCAUUCCCACCCACCCUACAGCCCCAGAGGCCUGCUGAGGUGGCUAAGAGAAACAUAGCUUCUACAGAAGCCUCCUACUCCUUUCCCUCAGCCACCAACCCUGGAGGGGGGCUGUCUAUGGUAGCAAAUCUGCGCUCACAGUCAAUAAUCAACAGAUCCAGAGGUACAAAUGCCAGCACUGUCUUGCCUCAUUUUACACAACGACCACUAGCCCGUGUUCUGCCCACACAUGGCGUAUCAGAGAGGACACAAUCCACAAAGACACAAGUCCCAGCUACAGGCCAAGAGCCCGCAACCAGCCAUGUCUUUGGAAUGGGAAAAGAACCUCUGAAGGUCCGUGUCUUUGCAGUCAGCCAAGAACCUGUGGUAGAACAAAGUAACAUCUCUGUAGUUAGACAAGAAUCUUCAAUGGGUCAAGAACAUCCAGUUGAUAGGGAACCUACAGUGAAUCAAGUUCCUGUAGAAGGUCAGGAACUUGUCUCAGUCGUCAAAUCAUCUUUGCUUACGCCUACAAAGGAGGCAGGUGAAGUGCAACAGCUAAACCUAAAGAUGCAGCGGAAUAUAAACCCACUCUCUCUCACGCACUCAGAGUUUGAGGACAAAUCAGCAACACCGACGGAGCAUCAAGUGAGAAUUUCCCCUGCCCAAGGAGUGUGUAACAGAGUUUGCCCAGUGCAAGAGCCCUGGAACACCCUAAAGCAUAAUCCCCCUAUUGCUGAACCCUCUUCCCCGCGGAAUGGCUAUGAGACCACACCUCCAAUUCCCUCAGCCCAAAGCAAGAGUGCUAACUCUGCAUUCAUCCCUGCAGAGCCCAGGUGUCUCCUCAGUGUUUCCCCAUUCAGGGCCGGAGAGACCUUCACUCAGCCUAUGUUGCCGCUGUGCAACCUGCCUUCCCCUUCCCAAUGUCCUCCACAACCUGCUGGGAAGCUAAACUACAACAAGCAGUCUUCUCCCACCAGGAGUUCCCCCAAGGUCUGCCAGAGCCAACCUGAGAACAUCCCCUUACACGCUUCCUAUGCUUCUAAAACUGACCCUCAUAACCUUUACAUCCUCAGCCCUGACGAUAAACUCAGGCUCAGGUCCUUCCACCAUUCCAUAAAGUUUCGAGACCCUCGGCAGUUGGAACUCCCUUCCACCGUGUACGACAGUCCGGUGCUCAGGACUGGCAGUGGAGUCACAACACACCCCGCCAUCCGCCGGGUCCGCUCUCUUCAUGCAGCUCCUACAAUGCUCCCCAAGGUGGCGGCUGUGCAAGCAAAAUUUCCAACAGAGACACCACAGUUCUGGCUGCCAGUCAACCCAUGCGCGUCCUUCGAGAAAUCUUGCCAGUCGCCCUUCCACAUCACAAAGCUGCAGCCGUCGUUUGAGAACGGGAGAGUUCAGUAUCACUACCAGCCCUAUCGAUCCAACGCGGCCCCAGAAAAGGCUGCAGAUUAUUGUCCUUCACAUGAUACCUUUCCUGUCAGAAGAGAACACAGCUUCAUAAGCCGGGACAUACCUCCUGUGCUGGAGUCAAGAGGGCCAGCUGUCCGUGCGACCUGGGACCCCAAGGAGCGCAGCAGCAUUAAAAUGCAGAAUAGUGCCUGGAUGAAGUCUAAAGCCCAUUUUACCUUACAGUGCAACAACACAAACCCACUGCCACCCGAUGACCUGGACUAUAUGGAGGUCUUGCGGCUGUGUGGUAAACUGGAUAGUGAAAAACCCGUAGGUCUGACAUCCAAGAAAAAGGAUGACAUGCUGCCAUCGAUAAGGAGUAACUGUAGGAGUCAGCCCUCUGAUCUUAAUGUCCCCAUGGCCAAAAAGGUAGAGAGGCACAGUCAGAGGAGCAGGCCGGCUUCACCGCCAAAACUGCCAUCCGGGUCUCCACUGCACCGCCUUCCACAAUUCCAGUCACCACAAAGGAGUUCAGUUCGGACUGAAGAAUGGUCCCCCCCCGCCAAAAGCAAGGUGCCGGACAAGUGGUGGACUGAAGAUAAUAACAGUAAGAGUGGGCAAAAAACCCAGAGCAGACCGGCUUAUUCUCAGAACCCGAUCCAGGACCGACAUAUUGACAGGGUCCGAACUGCUGCUGGUCGCCAUGCGGCAGACCCAGCACUGGGGCUGGAGGUGUCCGCCCCUUGUCCGGCUGACAAUCACGACUCUCACUCCAGGGGAGGCUACAAUUCUCCUCAACACCCGGAGAAGGAAAGCAGCAAGACAAGCAUAUGGAUCAGUCACGUCAGUCCAGACCACCGUCGUCAUGUAGAGUCCAAAAAGCUCAUGUUUGCUCAAGAAAGCGGCAGCCUUACCCCUGCCUCUCCGUUUGGCUCUCCCCUCAGCACCAAAGUGUAUUCCACUGCUUUGGGGCAAGGGUGCUUCCUCUCAUCCAGACUACUCAUACCAAGACCCGAAGCUGAGGUCCACACCCAGUGACACACCUGAGAACCCAGAGCAGAUCCCAGUAAACCUGUGUGGGUGUAAACAGGCCAAUCAGCAGCCUCUGCGGGACAGAUUGUCUGCUAUUUAUUUGCUGUUUACUUUAUAUGUUGUUUUUUAUGAAAUUGAAACAAAAUGGAGAGAACAAAGAUAUUUUAAAAAAGAACAAUUACUGAGAGUGGCUGAAAAAAACAAAAUUUUAAAGUAACUAAAUGGUUUUUAAAAAUGAUGACUACAUAAGGCGUGCGAUUGGUUAUAUGCAUGUUGUAAGCAUUUAUUUAGUAUUUGAUUGCUUUAGUGCUGUUUCUGGAUAUCAGAAAAUCACAAGGACGUUUGUGUAACAAAAUAGCCUCCCGAUUUGUCGUGUGUAUCAGGUGACUUGAAGCGUGUACACUGAGUGACAUCAUGCCCUGUUGAUUUCCUGUAUCACGUGUCCGUGAUGUGUGUACACUGACAAAAUGCACUUUUGAUUUUCUGUGCCAGCCACUUUGUGGUGUUAAAGAUAUAAGGGGUGUGCUAAAUUUUAAAGUGUUUUAAGCAUAUAAUGCUAUUGUGCAUUUUUAUAUGGUAUUUUUUAAUGGUGCAGUUUUAAUUAUGUCGCAAGUGCUGUAUAUAUUUUUGCCAAACAUUUAAAAUCAGUGUUUGGAUAUCUUUCAAACUGGAGAUACCAGGGCUUGUAGUAUUAGGAAACUUUCAAACACCUGUAUUUCCAUUCAUAAUAUUUAAGACAAAUAUUUUUUCAUCUCAGUGAACAGGUGUACGCUACAGAAUGUGAAAUGUAUCGCUUUGUAAGUUUUUAAUACAUUUUAAAAUUCAAAGUGAUUUUCUCUGCACUACAUAGCAAUUAAAAUAUUUUGUAUAUUCUACAUGAAUCCAGAUCCUAAUCAAAGCAAAAUAAUGUAUGAGUUUAAUAAGAUGUUAGUACGGUAUUGUGUAAAUGAGCUGUAUGAAAAAAAAAAUCAGUAUUUCCUCCAUUACAUAUAUCAAUACGGGCUCCAGUGUCCAUCCAGGGAAUUACAUAAUCAGGAUCAAUGCCAUUUUAUAUGCAGUUACAUUGCACAUUGAGUCAGUACUGAUUUCUGUAAUACCAGCCAUACUGUUAAAUUCAGACGGAUCUAACAAUUGUAAAAAUGUGCCACCUACAGCAAACCAAUGAUUGGAACAUUUCCAGUAGUUAGUACAGAAAUAACAAGUUUAGCAUUCUGCUGCAGGUGACACAGACUGUACAGAGUAAAGACGGGUAAGGUGCAGCUAACCUGUUAAGUAAAUGUGGUACUAGUAUGCUGUGGUCAAACUGCGAGCACAGGACCGGGAUAUAUAUGCUAUAUGAAACACCUUCCCAGCAGUACUCUAUCAUGUCUUUAUUAGCUGUACUGCUGUGCCUCGAGUCUGGAAUUAAGAAGACAUUUAUGGAUGUAUUCAAACACUGAGUAUGAUACAUAUUUAUUGUCAUAUAUUUUUUAUGAGAUGUUGGAGUGUUUAUCAGAACAGGAAGUAUACUUGUACUGUUUAGGUUGCCAGUGAGGUUGAAAUAAACGCAUUCACCAGAAGAAAACGUAUACUUUAUUGGGAGAAAAUGCAUUUGUAUAUAUUUAUAUAAAGUAAAAUAUGUAUGUCAUCCACUCAACCAAAAUGAAUGUAAUAAACAGUGAUAAAUUAUUUGUGUUGUGUUUGUUAAAAAUUGUACAUGUUAAUCUAUUCCUUGAUGCCUACAGAUGUAUUAAGAGGUCUAAUAUAAAGCCCACAUCAGGCUUGUGUUCGUUCUUAAAAAUUAAACAAAAUAAAUGUAUGGUAUUUCAUUUAA